GUCCUGACGGGAGACAGACAGCGGAGAUCGAUAACAAACAACACUCGGAGAAGUAUUAUGACUGCUAUAAUAGGCAGCUAGCUGGCUUAUCAUCUUUUUUUAUAAGCCGGAAUCAAAAGGCACGCAAUCAAGACAACGGCGACCAUGGAAAGAAAAGGUAUACCUGUUAAGCGCAUUCUCCACAAGCCCCAGAUAGUCCGCAGUCUGGGCAGCAACCUUCACGCGGAUGUGAACGCCAACCACUCCCGGACUGCACGGUCGCUCCUGACCAAAGUGCAGCACAGCAGGCACAAGCAUCUGUAUGACAUCAACCAUCAAAUCAGGGCCAAGCCUGACUUAAACACAACACUACCAGUUCGACAGACGGCAUCCAUCUUCAAACAACCAGUGACCAAGGUAACAAAUCAUCCCAACAACAAGGUGAAGGCAGACCCGCAGAAGGCUGUAGACCAACCCAAACAACUGUUCUGGGAGAGGAAAUUGAGCGGGUUAAAUGCAUUUGAUAUCGCAGAGGAGCUGGUGAAAACUAUGGAUCUUCCCAAAGGCUUACAGGGUGUUGGGCCUGUGUCUUCAGAUAAAACACUGCUCUCUGCUAUCGCCAGUGCCCUGCACACCAGCCCUGCUCCUGUCACCGGACAGCUCACCGCUGCAGUGGAGAAAAACCCUGGAGUGUGGCUGAACACAGCACAGCCUCUCUGCAAAGCCUUUGUAGUGACUGAUGAGGACAUCAGGAAGCAGGAGGACCUGGUGCAGAAUGUGAGGAGGCGUCUCGAAGAAGCCCUCACGGCUGAUAUGUUGGCUCACAUGGAGGACACCGCUGCAGAUGCAGCAGCCAACAAAGUAGAAGAGAAGGUUGAACAGGUGGACAGGGAGGAAUUAUAGCCAAGGCUUGUUUGACAUGAAGUUUGCUGGUGAACUCCUUUCAUUUUCAAAUAAUUGACUCCAUGAAGUUUUUUAAUACACUUGUAAUAGACCCUAAAUGCAAACAUUCUGCGGAUGUUGUUAACCUAAACAAAAUUAUAUUUCUUUUUUUUACAUGUGAUGGUGUAAUCCUGAAAGGGUGCUUUGAGUUUCAGUUCAUGUUUACCUCUAUAAAAGUAUGGCAGUUGUGGAUGGUGCUCUAUACAAUGCAGUGUUACAUUUAGUUAACAGCUGUUCAAGCUCAAAGUUAAAAACACAAACCUGAUAUGAGAGAGUGAAAAGUGUGUGUGUGUGUGUGUGUUGGGAUGUAUUAGUUCAUGUUGACAGUUUAACUGAACAUGUCGAUAUGUUGCUCUUCUAUAUUGUAGUGUUUAUGUUUGGAAGCAUAGAAAGUUUGCCCUAUGUUUAUGUGCACACAGCAUCCUUGUGGCUGUGACCAUUUUAGCUAAUCGAUUCAAGGUUUUCCAGUUCAACUUAGUGUUGUAUUUCUCACAGUAACCUGAGUUUACAUGGUUCUGAAGUUUCAGUCAUGGUAUUUUUAUUGACAAAAGAAUAAUCAGUAUUGUUUUGCCAAUUACAUUUGAGUUUAGACAGUCACAGAAAAAGUGCGUACCCUCAAAGUAUAAAACCAAACAACGCUGAUGUACCUCAAAACAAGAUGUACUGUACCUCAUUACAAGAUUCAUUAUUUGUCUCUGUACCACUGUGUCAAUGUCAAAUAAAUGCAGCUCUUUUAUGACUGGC